AUGGGCAACUUCAAGAUCAAUGUCUCUGAUGCUCCCAUCUUUAUCUUGACGGGCUUCCCAGGAAUGGAGGCCGUGGAGCCCUGGCUAUCUUUCCCUCUCCUUCUGCUCUAUGCCAUCGCCAUUGUGGGAAACACCCUGAUUCUCCUCAUUGUUAAGGAGGAGCUGAGUCUGCACCAGCCCAUCCUCAUUCUCUUCAUCAUAAAGGAGGAGCAGAGCUUGCACCAGCCAAUGUACUACUUCCUGUCUCUGCUGUCUGUCAAUGACCUGGGUGUGUCUUUUUCUACCUUGCCCACGAUACUGGCUACCUUGUGCUUUCCCGCACCAGAGACUGCCUUUGAUGCCUGCCUGAUUCAGAUGUUCUUCAUCCACUUUUUCUCCUGGACAGAGUCUGGAAUCUUGCUGGCCAUGAGUUUUGACCGCUAUGUGGCUAUCUGUAAUCCUUUGCAUUAUUCAACAGUGCUCAGUGAUACCCGUGUGGCUCACACGGGCAUAUCUAUCAUCAUCCGCAGCUUCUGCAUGGUCUUCCCACUGCCUUUCCUUCUGAAGAGGUUGUCUUUCUGUAAAGACAACAUACUGACCCACUCCUACUGCUUGCACCCAGACCUGAUCCGCCUGCCCUGCGGAGAUACCACCAUCAACAGCAUGUAUGGCUUGUUCAUUGUCAUCUCUGCCUUUGGUGGAGACUCAGUGCUCAUCCUCGUUUCCUAUGUGCUCAUAUUGCACUCUGUGCUGGCCAUCGCCUCCCGGGAAGAGAGACUUAAGUCACUCAACACCUGUGUGUCACACAUCUGUGCUGUGCUCAUUUUCUACGUGCCCAUGGUUAGCGUGUCCAUGGUCUAUCGAUUUGGGAAGCAUGCCCCUGAGUAUGUGCACAAGGUCAUGUCCCUAGUAUAUCUCUUUGUGCCUCCAAUGCUCAAUCCAAUAAUCUAUUCCAUUAAGACUAAGGAGAUUCGUAGGAGGCUACAUAAGAUAUUAAAAUCUAAGCACUGA